AUGCUAACAUAUAUAGCUAUAGAUGUGUCAUCAGCUGCCAAGUUGCUGUUGACUUUGGGGAUAUGCAGUUGCACUGGUAUGCAGCGACUAUUCUCGUAUGAUCAAGAGCUCAGAUCUGUGGACAUCCAUCUGAUGGCGAAGGACAAGAGAAAGGGGAAGCUGUUGGGAGGUGUAGUCCUGACAGUGAGUGGAGCAGCGGCUCUAGGCGUGAUGGCCACCAUUGAUCCGCACCGUAACGGACCGCUUCAGUAUCUGGCGGUCUCUUUCUUGUUGUCGUUCGACUGCCUCAUCACGCUGCAGUUUGUCCUGCUGGUGCUCGAGCUGUGGGUGAGAUUUCGGUCCCUGAACGCGAACCUCCUGGAGGAGCUCCCGGCGCCCGUCGAGAUCCUACCAGCGCCAGUGGCGCGGUCACCUCCAGAGCCCGGAAGGCUCCGCCAGCUGCUGGGAGCGUAUGCGGCGCUGAGGCGCGCAGCCGGCUUCCUCCAGGGCCACUUUGGACUGCCAGUUGCUUUCAGCGUGGCACAUUCCCUGUGCUGCUCCACAGCCAGCUCCUACGAGCUGCUGCUGGUGCAGAUCAGGUCGCGCUGGGUAUCGCGGCUGCCUCUCAGCCCAUCGCCAGCCAACUCAGCCAUGUGGCUGACCUACCACUGGCUCAAGCUGACCACUAUGGCUCUAUCGUGUGCAGCGCUCAAAGAAGAGGCGUCGGCCACUGGGGAUCACCUCUUGAAGGCGUCUGUACUAUAUGAACGUCGUCGCCAUGAACUGGAGGGGUUCCUACGGUUGGCCACCUACGGCCAGCCGCUGUCCUUCAGUGCCGCUGGAUUCCUCAACGUCGACCGAAGGCUACUGGUCUCUGCCCUGGCCAUCCUCGUUACCUACCUCGUCAUCCUUGGGCAGUUCACCCCUAGACAAUGA